AUGUCAGACCAAAACAGCACAACACCGAGGGUUUUUAUCGCCCGUCACGGCGAAACCGAAUGGACGAUCAACGGGCGAUGCACGGGCAAGUCGGACAUUCCACUCACGGCUAACGGUGUUGGUCAAGUUCGAGGCACCGGCGAGCUACUUGUGGGACAUGGAAAGCUCAUUAACCCAUCCAAAAUCGCCCAUGUAUUUUGCAGCCCACGUCAACGCGCUCAGAGCACGCUCGAUCUGCUUCUUGGCGAUGCGCAGAAAAAUGAAUUUUUGAAGCAGGGGAAAAUCACUACCACAGAGGAUAUCGCUGAAUGGGAUUACGGUGAUUACGAAGGAGUGACGCCGCAUGACAUACGCGCGCAGAGAAAGGAGAAGGGGUUGGACACCGCCAAGGCCUGGGAUAUUUGGACAGAUGGGUGUGAAGGUGGAGAAUCCGCGGAGCAAGUUCGUGAGCGUCUAGACCGCCUGAUUGAAACGAUAUACAGUAUACAAAAACCCCACAUGAAUGGUGGAGCUGCUGCGGACAUCUUGAUAGUUGCUCAUGGUCACAUUCUUCGUGCCUUUACAAAGCGCUGGCUGAAAUAUCCAAUGGAUUUUCCUUUCACAAUGAUGAUGGAACCAGGCGCUAUUGGAAUUAUGAGUUACGCGCACCACAACAUCUCAGAGCCUUCGAUAUUGAUCGGCAUGGGAUUUCCCCAGAAGGCCUAG